UCAUGUGUAUUGACUGUCGUGAUAAUAACGUCAGAAAUCGAGAAUGCCGUUCACAAAGCCCGUGAUUGUGAUUGACAAUGGCAGUUAUUAUGUUAAAGCGGGGUUCGCGUGCGACAAUCACCCAGUCUCCAUAUUCAGGUCUGUGGUGGGGAGACCAAAGUAUCUGAACGGGACAUACGGGAAAAGCCACUAUGAAGUGCUCAUCGGAGACGCUGCCGUCGCAAGAUCAGACGUCCUGGACCUUAGUUGUCCCGUGGAAAGUGGUAAGAUCGUGCAUUGGGACAACAUGGAGCGAAUCUGGCAUCACAUCUUCUACAGAGAGCUAAAAGCGGCGCCCGAAGACCGAUGCGUCAUGCUGUCCUGUGCCCCGGCCACUAGUUGGAAAGACAAGUAUGAAUUUACGUUCCUUGUCACCCAUAGUUGGAUAGUAAUGUUUUGUUGACGAAACACGUAGACGAAUAAGUAAUUUAUACAACAUUUGUUCAAAAACAGCUGCAACGCACUUGUAUGUAUUAAUACGGACAAACGUCACAGGUCGUACUAUGAACAUGUGCUAUUACGAUUUAUUAUAAUCAGUAGGACUGUUUCUUUUCGCUAAUCAAAUAAAAACAUA